AUGGACUUGAGAGAUUCUAUGUCUGAAGCAACACAACAAACAAGCAAUGCAUUUCCACGAGCAUUUGAGGAACGAAAGAAGCAAAAGAUGAAGAUUCCUGAUCUUCCGCAUGAGCUUGAGAAGGAUCAGACAGCUUUUGUGUCGUUUGACACGAUGACGCAGCCACCGCCACUGAGCACAACAAAUUGUUUUAUAAGCGAGACAGGCAAUGCUGAUCCAAACCUUGUAAGAUCUACUAUGUGUGUUCUUCCGAAAAACUCCGACACAUUUGAUCUGAUGGAGAUUCCGCUUGGGAUAGUUGUGAAUCCGUUUUGCAGAAAGGCAAUGCCUACUGAGCUAGACAAGUCGAAGUCUGUAAGAUGCAUGGAAUGCCAGAGCUAUGUGAAUGCCUUUACAAUAGUCGAGAUGAAUGUUUUCUACUGCAAUAUUUGUGGCAUAAAGAACUGCCUGAAGGAAAGGAUUUGUGAAGAAAUAACCAGGUGCUCGACAGUUGAGUAUGUGGAGAAGGAGGCAGUGCAGGAGAAAAAAGUGGUUGAUUGUGGAAGCAUUGUGUCUGAAGGGUUGUUCCGGAUGAGGGCGAUAUGUGGGCCUGCCUUUUUGUUUGGAAUUGACAUGGCGUCACCUGUUUUGGUUGGACAUGCAUUGAAGGGAAUUGGGAGGCUGGUUGGCGAUGAGAACUUCAGGUUUCUGUUUAGGAAGGUGGGUAUCGUCUUGCUGGGUGACGGAAUAUCUCUUCUGAGGGCAAGCAAGGGGGAUGUGGAGGAGGUGCAUCUGUCUGAUAAGCAACAUCUCCCUUUUAUUUCGCCUGAGUUUUUAAUGGAUGUUGAGGAUGAUGGAUUGAUGAGAAGUGUGAUGGAGUAUCUUUCAGGUAUGCCAAAGAAUGGAGCAAGCAAAAGAGGAGGGAUUUCUGAUUGCCUAAGGAUAGCUAUUUCUAUGGCUGGAUAUUGUAAAGGAUCGAAGAUGGCGCUGUUUACGAAUUUGCAGGAGAAGAUUGACAGUGAGAUGAUGAUUAAGCAGUUUAUAGAGAUAGGGUGCUCACUAAAUGUAUUUUGCACUGAGAAGACAUUGCUGACGCAGUUGUGCAUUUCUAGCACAGGACGGACUUAUUUGUAUGCUCCUGGAGCACUUGCAAAACUGGAGGAUGAUUUGAUUAUUCUUGGUAGCAUGAAGAGCUCGUAUAAAGUGUCUAUUGAGACGAAGACAUCGGACUCGUUACGAAAGCUGAUGUUCUAUGGAAAUACAAAAUUUGAGCAUCUUGGAUUCCAGGAGUUUUCACAGAUGGACGACAGCACGACUUUUGCACAGACAUUUUCGCUGGGUGAGUCGCUUCAAAGCAAUCACCGAGUGUAUGCACAGGUGGUGGUGAGCUUCUAUGGGUUUGAUGGGACAAGCAGGGUUCUUGUGCUUAACACGUCGUUCGGGGUGUCGCCAAAGGUGUCUGAUGUGUAUGCAAGCCUGAGCUUUGACACACUGGCAUGCAUAUAUGCAAAGUACAUGGCAAUGGAUGUUGAUGGCUUUAAGACGAAUUGCAAGAAGGUUGAAGAGAUUAUGAGCAGGUCCUUGAAGUUUUACAGAAGUAGCUGCUGCAAAGAAGCAUCGAGUUCACAGUUUGUCUUGCCUGAGUCUAUAAAGCUGAUUCCACUGAUGUACCAGUCGAUGCUGAAGAACAGAUAUUUUUUGAAUGAAAAGAGUGCAGAGAAUAUGGCAAGAGUAACGGGAUUUACUGUUGAGCAGAGUCUUCGCUUUUUCUAUCCGAGAAUGCUUGCGUUUACUGAUUUCUAUAUGAACAACAGCCUGGAGAAGGUGAAGGGGCUGAGGCUUACAUCUGAGUCUCUUAGUUCAGAAGAGAUUUAUGUCCUCGAUAAUUCACAAAAACUGUAUGUGUACAUUGGAAAGGAAGUGGAUACUACACUGAAAAAAGCAAUAUUUGCAGAAGGCACGGAGGAAAGUGGAGUACUGCAUAAGAUGAUUGAUGAGUUCUACUCGCACUACGAUUGCGAACUGCCCGUGGUGUUUAUUGAGGAAGGAAAAGGUGAGGCAGAGAUUGAGUUUGUUGGAUAUCUUGUUGAGGACAAGAUGAAUAACAUUGUUUCAUACUCUGACUAUAUCUGUGAACUGCAUUUCAAAGUUAAGAAUGCAUGA